AUGCAGAAAUCCGAAUGCCAUGGCAGUGUCCAGAUGAGACCCAGAGUACCAGGUAACUGUGACCAGAGGGCACCAUCAAGUGUCCAAGUAAAACACAGGACUGCAGACCCGCGAAGCAGAUCCUCACUCUCAGCCAGUUCCCCGGACUCUGCGAGAAAGCCUCGUCCUCGACCAAGUGAUAAACUGAACCCUAAAACUAUUAACCCGUUUGAGGAUCAGCCACGAGCCCCAUCUGCAUUUGCCGCUAUUUACUCUAAGGGAGGUAUUCCUUGCAGGUUGGUGCAUGGUUCUGUAAGACACAGGUUACAAUGGGAAUGUCCUCCUGAAAAUCUCCCAUUCGAUCCUCUGCUUAUUACUUUAGCUGAGGGUCUGAGGGAGACCAAGCACCCCUACACCUUUGUGUCGAAGGAGGGUUUUCGAGAGUUGCUUUUGGUCCACGAUGCUCCUGAGAAAGCCGUGCCGCUGCUCCCGAGACUGAUCCCUGUGCUCAAGGCGGCCCUGGUCCAUGCGGAUGAUGGAGUGUUUGGGAGGGGACUUGACGCUUUGAUGCAGUUAAGUGGUGUUGUCGGUCCUUCUCUAAAUGACCAUCUGAAACAUCUGCUUACAAGUCUCUCCAAAAGACUAAUGAACAAGAAAUUCAAAGAGCCGGUCACCAGUGCCCUGCAGAAGCUGGAGCAGCAUGGCGGCAGCGGCAGCCUUGUUGUCAUCAAAUCUAAGAUCCCAACAUACUGCUCUAUCUGCUGCUAA